AUGCAGCGACAGGCAGCUGCUCCGCUACAGCGGCUGCUGCUGCUGCAGCCACGAAGACAGCUUGUUUUUCCUAUAUCUGGUGCGGCUGCAGCUGUUGCUCCUGCUGCUCCUGUUCCUGCUUCAGCUCACCAGUGUGUGGCGGCUAGGUGGACCAGCAGCAACAUCAGUUUCACCGGCAGCAACAGUUACAGCCGCAUCUGCUGCUGCAGCUACAGCAGCAGUUGUCUAUCAACCGGCGAUUUACGUCCUCCAAAACUGCAGCGACAGCAACCGCCACAGUCAUCCCUAGCAGCAGCAGCUCCUGCUCCUGCUGCAACAGAAGCAGCAACAGCAGCAGAUCCAGAGGCUGGCGUAGCAGCAAAUGGUGCAUAUGAAGGCUUUUCGCUUGCAGAAGCAGAAAUAACAGCAGAAGCAGCAGCAGCAGCAACAGAGGGGCCAUCAGCACAAGCACCAGCAGCAGCAGCAGCAGCAGAACCGCCAGCAGCAGCAGCAGCAAAGUCUUUGAUUAGUUUGCUGCAUGAAGAAGACUUAGAAUUUGGGGGGCGACCGCCGCCUCCUUUCUGUGAUUUCCUGUGGGUGGAGGCAAAAGGGGGACGAGGAGGAUCCCCAAAACCGGGCUCUUUCCGGUCUCGAGCACUUGGAAAGGGCCCUGGGUACGGAGGUCACGGCGGGUCCGUCCUGCUACGCUGCAGCAGCAGCAUCGAUUCGCUUUUCCCGCUGCAGCAGCAGAUUGCUGCAGCACCAGGAGGAGAUGGCCACAAGACUAGCAGGGGAUUGCAUGCUCCAGACACCAUUGUCAAGCUUCCUCCUGGAACGAUUGUGCGGAAAAGGAUUUUGACGGGGGAGAAGAGCAAAGGCGGCAGAUCCAUCAGGACCUCUGUCUUCUGGCAGCAGCUGCUCGAGGAAGGCCAAUCGCUCCUGGUGGCUGCAGGUGGACGCGGAGGUAUUGCCCCCCCGAAUAUAAAACAACAAAAGAAGAGGAGAGCUCCUGAGUUUAGGGUUUGUCUGAUGAAGGCGGGGGAGAAGGUAUUCCUCGAAUUGGAGUUGCGCUUAGUAAACGACAUUGGAGUUGUUGGCGAAAACGCAGCAGGAAAAACGUCCCUGGUGUCUGCCUUGACAGACUAUCAGUCGCGCAUUGGGCCUCAAGGGUUCCAAACUCGGCGGCCUUUCUUGGCUUCAAUUGGCUGGUCCAAUGGUCACAAGGCUGUUGUGUUAGAUGCACCUGCUCUCUUCCCUGGUGCCCACAAAGACAAACGACUGGGACUUCGUAUUUUAAGGCAUUACUGCAGAUCAAGGGUUUAUCUGUAUGUCCUCGACCCAACCCAAACAGAGCAGCAGCAAGAUCCACGUUUGCUACUGCUGCUGCAGCAACAGCAACGGCAGCAGAGCUUGCUGCAGCAGCAGGAACGAGCCCUCCUCGACCAGCAACAGCGCGAAAAACGCAGCAACAGCAACGAGGCCGAUAUACUAUCGCAACAGGAGCAGUGGCUUGAGGCUCAGCAGCAGGGCCAGCACGAGCAGCAAAAGCACCACGAACAGCAGCAGGAACGGAAAGAACAACAACAGCAAGAGCAACAACAGGAACAGCAGAAGCAAGAGCAACAAUGGGAACAGCAGAAAGAGCAGCAAAAGCAACAACUACAUCAACAACAACAACAGCAGCAGGAGGAAAUGGAAGAGACACGUCUUCUUCAGGUGUAUGGGGAACUAGCUCCUGAUGUUUUCUGCCAGUUCUUGAGGUUGCGGAGGGAAUUAAGACUUCAUGAUAAACACUUCCACAGGAAAACCGAGCUUGUGGUUGUGACGAAGUGUGAUGCCUUAGAGCGGCAGCCGCUGCUUGCUGUCGACUCCCUACACCAUCGCAUGCGGCAUUUCUUCCCCGAUAUACCCGUUAUAGCGGCUUCCCCUCGGUUCGGUUUGGGUUGCGCUGCUGUUGCUAACGAGCUGUACCGACUUCUGGAGCUGCAGCGACAGCAGCAGCAGCAGCUCGUGCCGCUAAGGCGGGUAACCGUCAAUCUGGAAGAAACCGCCCUCGCCCUAAACCGUAAACCGUAA